AAAUAAAUAAGAGCGAAGGGCAAGUAGUCUCUUCUCUUCUCUCUCACAGAGUCGAUCUAGGCAGAUCUGUUGAGUCCUCAAACCCUGGGGGUUUGAGCUGCGUUUCCCUCUUCGUUCGAAAAUCCCCUUCUCUUCGCAACGAUGAUAUCGACGCACAAGCUCAAAUCCGUGGAUUUCUACAGGAAAAUUCCCAGAGAUUUGACAGAGGCAUCAUUAUCUGGUGCUGGUCUGUCUAUCAUAGCUGCCUUAUCAAUGUUGUUUUUAUUUGGAAUGGAACUAAAUGAUUAUUUGACAGUGAGCACAUCUACCUCAGUUAUUGUUGACAGGAGUCCAGAUGGGGAAUUCUUGCGCAUAGAUUUUAAUAUCAGCUUUCCUGUACUGUCCUGUGAAUUUGCAUCUGUUGAUGUGAGUGAUGUCCUGGGAACAAACAGAUUGAAUAUAACAAAAACAAUUCGCAAGUAUCCAAUAAGUGCUGAUUUGAGACCUACUGGCUCUGAGUUCCAUUCAGGGCCAAUUUCAAGAAAUAUUAAGCAUGAUGAAGAAGUUGAUGAGGAGUAUGCUGAAGGUUCUAUUGCAUUAGGUGAACGCAAUUUUGAUAGAAUUUCACACAAGCAUCAAAUUUUGGCUGUCAAUUUCUAUGCUCCUUGGUGCUAUUGGAGUAAUCGCCUGAAACCUUCAUGGGAGAAAGCAGCCAAUAUUAUAAAAGGAAGAUAUGACCCAGAAACGGAUGGGCGAAUUGUUUUAGGAAAGGUUGAUUGCACUGAAGAAGCAGAUUUGUGUAGAAGGCAUCACAUACAGGCAUAUCCAUCUAUUCGCGUUUUCCGUAAAGGAAGUGAUGUCAGGGAUGACCACGGGCACCACGAUCAUGAAUCAUAUUAUGGCGAUCGGGAUACAGACAGCCUGGUCAAAACAUUUGAAAACUUGGUUGCGUCUAUUCCAUUGGAGACUGAGCCACUGGCUUUGGAGAAUAAAAGCAAUAAUGUGGCAGAUGAUGCAAAAAGACCUGCACCAUUAGCUGGAGGAUGUAGAAUUGAAGGCUUUGUGCGUGUUAAGAAGGUUCCUGGCAACCUUGUCAUCUCUGCUCAUUCAGUAGCCCACUCAUUUGAUGCUUCUAAGAUGAACAUGUCACACAUUAUUUCUCAUUUUUCCUUUGGUAAACAAAUCUCUCCAGCAGUGAUGAGUGACAUGAAAAGAAUACUACCUUAUCUUGGCAGAAGUCAUGACAAACUGAAUGGCCGAGAGUAUAUCAUCAGGCCUGGUGAUUCAAUUGCAAAUGUUACUAUAGAGCAUUAUCUUCAAGUUGUAAAGACGGAGGUGAUAACUAGGAGAUCCUACCGUGAAAGGAAAUUAGUUGAAGAGUAUGAGUACACAGCCCACAGCAGCCUCAUACACAGUUUAAAUAUCCCUGUCACAAAAUUUCAUUUUGAACCAUCUGCGAUGCAGGUAUUAAUAACAGAGAAUUCAAAGUCUUUUUCGCACUUCAUAACAAAUGUCUGUGCCAUUAUUGGUGGUGUUUUUACGGUUGCUGGGAUAUUGGAUUCGAUUCUGCACAACACCAUAAGGCUAAUGAAAAAGGUUGAACUAGGAAAGAAUUUUUGAUAGAAAUAUGGAAUUAAUCAGUGUACAAAGAACAUCUCAUUUCCCCCCCUUCCCCCCAACAAUUUGGGAAUUUUUGCUCUGAUGAUGCAAUUGUAGUAUUUUCAAAAUUUUAAAGUGAACGGUGAAGUUAGUAUAUAUAGAAUCCAAACUGUCUGGUCCUAACUA